AUGCUCACGCCACGCCAGGCUCACGCCAAACCAGGAUCAGGUCACGCUCACGCCACGCCAGGAUCACGUCACGCACACGCCACGCCAGGAUCACGUCACGCUCAAGCAACGCUCACGCCACGCCAGGCUCACGCCAGUCUCACGCCACGCCAGGAUCACGUCACGCCAGGAUCAGGAUCAGGUCACGCUCACGCCACGCCAGGAUCACGUCACGCUCACGUCACGCUCACGUCACGCUCACGUCACGCUCACGCCACGCCAGGAUCACGUUACGCUCACGCCACGCCAUGCUCACGUCACGCUCACGCCACGCCCACGCCACGCCAGGCUCACGUCACGCUCACGCCACGCCCACGCCAGGAUCACGUCACGCUCACGCCACGCCAGGAUCACGUCACGCUAACGCCACGCCAGGCUCACGUCACGCUCACGCCACGCCCACGCCACGCUAGGCUCACGUCACGCUCACGCCACGCCAGGACCACGUCACGCUCACGCCAGGAUCACGUCACGCUCACGCCACGCUCACGCCACGCCAGGAUCACGUCACGCUCACGCCACGCCCACGCCAGGAUCAGGUCACGCUCACGCCACGCCAGGAUCACGUCACGCUCACGUCACGCUCACGCCACGCCAGGAUCACGUUACGCUCACGCCACGCCAUGCUCACGUCACGCUCACGCCACGCCCACGCCACGCCAGGCUCACGUCACGCCCACGCCACGCCCACGCCAGGAUCACGUCACGCUCACGCCACGCCAGGAUCACGUCACGCUAACGCCACGCCAGGCUCACGUCACGCUCACGCCACGCCCACGCCACGCUAGGCUCACGUCACGCUCACGCCACGCCAGGACCACAUCACGCUCACGCCAGGAUCACGUCACGCUCACGCCACGCUCACGCCACGCCACGCUCACGCCACGCCCAAGCCAGGAUCACGUCACGCUCACGCCCCGCCAGGAUCACGUCACGCUCACGCCACGCCAGGGUCACGUCACGCUCACGCCACGCCACGCUCACGCCACGCCCACGCCAGGAUCAAGUCACGCUCACGCCACGCCAGUAUCACGUCACGCUCACGCCACGCCAGUGUCACGUCACGCUCACGCCACGCCAGGGUCACGUCACGCUCACGCCACGCCAGGCUCACGUCACGCUAACGCCACGCCAGGCUCACGUCACGCUCACGCCACGCCCACGCCACGCCAGGCCCACGCCACGCCAGGCUCACGCUCACGCCACGCCACGCUCACGCCACGCCCACGCCAGGAUCACGUCACGCUCACGCCACGCCAGUAUCACGUCACGCUCACGCCACGCCACGCUCACGCCACGCCCACGUCAGGAUCACGUCACGCUCACGCCACGCCAGUAUCACGUCACGCUCACGCCACGCCAGGCUCACGUCACGCUCACGCCACGCCCACGCCAGGAUCACGUCACGCUCACGCCACGCCAGGAUCACGUCACGCUCACGCCAACUCUCAGCUCUCUCAGCUCGUGACUGUUGAAUUUACAUAG